AUGUCUGAAAUCGCCCCCUUCAUCGCCGUCCUGGAAUCUGCCCAGAAGAAAGAGAGCAACAUCACCCCCGAUGUGCAACAAGCCGCCGAGGGCAUCGACAUCGAGGCCCUGAAGGCCGCAUACGAGAAGGUCGCCGAACAGGGCGAGUUCGAGAGCGUCGAAGGUGCCGACAAGGACGUUCUCAACAAGGCCUUCGAGUUCGCUGCCAAGGCCGUUAUGCUCCUCAAGACCUCCCCCGGUCUCUUGGAGAAGAAGGAUCUGUACAUCUACUUCAAGGUUUCCAAGGGCGAGGCUAUGGAAAAGCCCGGCAUGUUCGAUAUCCAGAAGAAGCAGCUCUUCGGCGCCUGGGAGAAGGUUAAGGAUUACAACCCCUCCAAGGCUAACCAGCUCUACAUCGCCCACGUCAACACCCUCAUUUCCAAGUACGGUACCCGCGAGUAA